AUGUCGACCCCCUCAGUAACAUAUCACUCUCUCGCAGGCAAAGUUGUAGUCGUGACAGGCGGAGCAGGUGGUAUAGGCGCGGCCACUGUCGAACACUUUGCGCUACAAGGCUGCACUGUCGUGUUCUUGGACAUUGACGUUACUGCCGCCCAGAAGACGAUUGAAAGAGUUGUUGCACUUUUCGAGAAAGUUCCCGAAAGCAGGCGCAGUUGUUUGACUGCGCCAAAGUUCUACGAGUGUGAUGUCACCGAUCUGCCAGGCAUACAGCGAAUUGUCGACCAUAUACUACAGCAAUGGCCCGUUGUGCACAUUCUCGUUAAUAACGCAGCAGCACCUGGCAAGGUCGCCCGAAUCGAGACAGCGAAAGUAACCCCAGAGGACUGGGAAUACAACAUCAAUGCCAAUCUCAGACAUAUAUUCUUCUUCACGAAAGCGUUCCUGCCGUCGAUGAAGGCAGCAGGUGGCGGCAGCAUCGUCAAUCUCGGAUCGAUCACGUGGCGGAUAUCAGCUGCCGACACACCUGUGUACGGCGCUUGCAAGGCUGCGAUCAUGGGCCUAACGCGUACUCAUAGCAAAGAAUUCGGGCCGUACAACAUUCGUGUCAACAGCGUGAUGCCCGGCGCCAUCGCGACCGAGCGACAACGCGCUGAGGUUCUGACGUCGGAAUAUCGUGCGUAUGUCAUGCGGAACCAGAGCCUGCAGCGAGAUCUGGAGCCGUCGGAGGUUGCAAACAUCAUUGUAUUCCUGGCAAGCGAUCAGGCGAGUGGUGUUACUGGGAGUUCGUAUGUUGUGGAUGGAGGCUGGACUAGCGAUCCCUGA